AUGGCAACCAGUAGACGGAAACAGACUCAAGCCAGCCAAGACUCGGACAAUAAGGCGAAGUCACCAGUAGACAAAAGUGGGCAUGCAACUGCACCUUUUGCUCAUGCCAGACUGGGCAGCUUUUUUCAAGCCAGACCAGUACUUCACAAUCAGUAUCUACAGGAUAGUUUGUUGGUCAGCUAUCUGAGGCGCCAUCUUCCAAAAGAGAACUUGCUGACAGUAACCCAUGAUCUUGAGAGGUUUGGUGGUCGAGUGGCAGGGGAGAUUUAUGACUUGUCUUUACAGAUGGAAGCAGAGCAGCCCAGAUUGGAACAAAUCGAUGCUUGGGGAAACAGAGUGGACAAGCUGAUAACCUCAUCGGCAUGGAGCAGGAUGAAAGAGAUCUCUGCUGAGGAAGGUCUUAUCGCUUGUGGGUACGAGAGGAAGUUUGGUGAAUGGAGCCGUCUGUACCAGAUCGCCAAAUUCUACCUGUUUGAACCAUCGGGUGGUCUGUACGGUUGCCCCCUUGCCAUGACAAAUGGAGCAGCUAAAACAUUAGAGCUGUACAAAAGCCAAUUCCCGGCGCUGUAUGAAAGAGCCUUCACUCGUUUGACGAGUCGCGACCCAAAGCUGUUUUGGACGUCUGGUCAGUGGAUGACGGAGAAGCAGGGAGGCUCUGAUGUUGCUGGAGGGACAGAAACCAUUGCUGUUGCCCGACCAGACGGCUCCUACAAGCUGUAUGGUUAUAAGUGGUUCUCAUCUGCCACUGACGCAGACGUGACCUUGACCCUAGCUCGGAUUGUUGGUCAAGAUGGUACUGUACUAGAGGGAACUAAAGGGUUGACUCUCUUCUACCUGGAGUUACGAGAUGAUAACGGAACCAUGAACAACAUUCAGAUGCUGAAACUAAAAAAUAAACUCGGCACCAAACAGUUGCCAACAGCCGAGCUGCUUAUUGAUGGUGCCAGGGCAUAUCGGUUAUCAGAGGAAGGACGAGGAGUUGCUGCCAUGGCUAACAUGUUAACCCUUACAAGAAUACACACAGCAAUGGGAGCUGCUUCUGCCAUGAGGAGAAUAGUCAACCUGGCGAGAGAUUACGCCACAAGACGAAAAGCCUUCGGAAAGAUGCUAAACAGACACCCCUUGCACAUGCACACCCUGGCAGGCAUGGAGAUUUCUCGUCUGCUGGGCAGGCAGGAAGUCUUGUCCAUGGACAACACACUGGCCGCUGAAAAUGAAGUUCUGCGAUUGCUAGUUCCACUAGCAAAAUUGUAUGUAUCCAAACAGGCUGUUGCGGUUGUCUCUGAAGCUCUGGAAAGUUUCGGAGGACAGGGUUACAUUGAGGACACAGAUUUGCCAAGGAUACUGAGGGACACCCAGGUCAAUGCUAUUUGGGAGGGAACAACAAACAUCCUGUCACUGGAUGUCCUCCGGGCUGUACAUAAAUCAGCAGGAUCCGUGUUGAACCAUUUCCGCAACAGCGUCAUGGUACGUAUCGGCCCAGCAAUGGAGUGCCAGGGUCUGCAUGAGUCAGCCUAUAGGGUGGAGAACGCUGUGAAGGAUGUCUUGCAGUUUGCCACCAGCCUACCUCAGAGCAGUGUCGAGAUGUCAGCUAGGGAGUUUGCUUACAGUUUGGCCAGGAUAUACAUGGGUGCUUUGUUGCUUGAACAUGCAGCCCACCAUGAAGCUACCCCAUCAGAUGUGUACACAGCUCAAAGGUGGUGCGAGAAGGAUUUGUCUCCUUUGUGUACUCAUGGAAAGAAUGGCAACUUUACUGAGAGAUCUCUUAAGGGCAACAUGGACCUUGUCUUCGAUGGCUACUUGGAGAAGAGUCGUCUGUAG